CUUGCAUCAGCCACCGACAAACAUGGACUUGAGGCCAGCCCAUAUUGUUUCCGGGGUUCCUGGAGCGAGCAUCGUUCAUCACGACAUGACAACGAUGGCCUCAAUUUCACUUUGCCGCAAACAAUACCGAGCCGAAGUCCACUCUCGGGCACCGGGCAGAGGACUGAGAGGAUAUGCCCUGCUUAGGGAGGCUGGCGGCGACCCUGGCUCUCUUCACCGAGGUUUGACUUUGAGAAUUCAUGAUGCCCCCAUCAACCAGGCUCGAAAAGACACAUUCCUAUUCCGGACACCUCGAGGCAGAAAUGCCUCAACAACCGUCAAUGGCGAGUUUGCCCUUCGUCUCCAAACGGCGACUGAGGCCCCGGAUCCCCGUUGUCCAGAGUGGACACCGACGGCGGGCCUCAUUCGGUCACCUGUUGCGGAAUGCUGGGCGAAAUCCGUACCUGGAACAUAACCCCAAUGGGAUGAGCGGCAGCCCGGCACAGCACAGCACUUUAGUCGGGCGCAUCGCCCCUCCGCUCCCAAAUGCUGGGAAAUGACUCUCCUCCAAUGACUCCCCUGAAAUCAAUCCUCAUACCAAUAGUGCAACACCAGACUGAACCACCAGUCACUAGCGCUUGCAAUGCCCCUUCGGCUUCGCCCAGCCAGCCUCAGGCGCCCCAAGAAACACCCAAGCGCGAUCAACCACACCAAAGAGUCACAGCCUCAGCCCGUUUUUGGGACCUUGCUCAUCUUUCCCGCCUUGGAACUCGUGCAUCUCCGAGCCGCCCUAUGAAUGUCGUCGAGAAUGAGCCUCGUGAUGAAGAAAAGAAACUCAACGAGGUUCCGCCGCCCCGCAUCGCAACUCUAACUGAACGCAUGCAUUCUUGGUCUCAUUCUCAGCCCUGCGGAUGUUCAAUUGUCGGCGUUGGCCGAAAACACACUCGCCUCCUCAUUCAAUAUCCUACUCAUUCAUUCACCCUUUCAAUCACCUGACCACCUCCGAGGCAAAUUUAACCCACACGUCUACUAUCUGCCUGUCAAGGUCCUUCAACGGCUCUGCGGCUCUGAAUCCUACUAGACGUCAUCCUGCCUUAGUCGCCGGAUGACUGGACUGUUCUUCAUUGAGCGCUACCACCAAGCCCAAAGUCCCAAUCUUCAUCGCGACUGCAACUCAUACCGCAGUCCGUCGUGUGUCACAGAAGGCGCCAGUCAGUAAUCGUCGUUUGAGUUCAAUUCUACCCUUCAGGGCAAGGCUUUUUUACUCCAUCAGAAUGUCCGAGGCCCUGGAAGGGGGCGGCGAUCCGCCGCCUCCAUCGUAUAGUGAAGCAACGACUUCAUACCCCUCGUCCUCAUCAUACAACCCCGGCUCGUCAGUCUCUGCAACGCUUCAGGACCUGUCUUCUCUUCUCCGCGUCACCCAGUCCCAGCAAACAGCGCGCGACACCAUCACAACAACGACCCUCCUCCCACUACUGACGACCCAUGUAACAUCCCUCCUGAACCGAUUGGGUAGGACACCGUACCCGCCGGCGCUGACGGAGCUCUACCUCGUGCCCGCCGCCGCAGUCGGUCCGCAGUGGAGCAUCACCUCGGACGCCGACAGGAGAGCGGGCGAGGUUGCCCAGGUCAUCCGCGUGGAACCGGAGCCGGACCUCGGCUCGAAAGGUGCAGGCGAUAGCAAACGCGCAGUCCCGGACGCAGGCUUGUCGGCCGCGAGCUCAUCUCGCGAGUAUGAAUUUGACGAAUGGGGUCGCUGGGACGACGACGACGCCGCCGCCUCGACACCCAAGGAGGGGUGGUGGUGGUGGAACGACGAGGCGCUCGCGCGUCGUCUUGCAAAACUGCUACAACCCGAACCCCGACUCGACCGCACUGUCGUCAGCGCCGUGAUGGAACAGGCGAAAGAAGAGAGAAGGGCAGGCGGCUGGGGGGUGUUCAAGUCCGGAAACGAGUCCCCGUCUUCGUCUGCCCGGCCGCUCUCUCGGCAGGCGCAGCCUGACAGGUCGACGCCGCCCAGUCACGAAGAGGACGUCGCCAUGACGGUGCGCGCGGGAGAGGUUACCUUUCGCAGGGAGAACGAGAUGGGGAUCUGGGAGAGCAUGCGCGGUUAUGGGAUCGUUGUGAGGGUCAGAAUCCGAAGGGCUUAAGGCGUUUUUUCUUUCCUACAUCGGCGAAUUGUGAAGAAUACAGCACGCGUCAUUUUCGCUGUCGAAAUGCAUCCUCCAGCAAAAGA